CACACUACGAAUUAGAGGAAAUAAAUACAAACAAAUUGGGCUGUGUAGCGGAAUUUAAAUUUAAACUUUAUCAGCAAAAGUGUUAAUUGGCGAACCUCUCGGCGAAAAUGAAUAUAAAUCUGCCGAAUUUCAAUGUGAAGAACCUGGUGAAGGAGGCGGGAAGCACGAUAUCACGAGUGGUGCAGCUCACGGAGGAGAAACUGGGCACCACGGAGCGCACCGAGUACGACUUGCACUUCCAGAAUCUCGCCGAGCGGGCUGAUGUGACCAAGACAUGGACGGAGAAGAUAGUGCGCGACACAGAGUCGGUGCUGAUACCCAAUCCCCAGAACCGGGUCGAAGACUUCAUCUUCGAGAAGAUCGAAAAGUCGAAGCCCAAAAGGCUGAGCAACCUAGAGCACCUGGCUCUGGACAUGAUCGAGGCUGGGGGCGAUUUCGGGCAGGAUCUACCCUAUGGUCAGGCUCUGAUCAAGGUCGGCCAGGCGGAACAGAAACUGGGCCGGUGCGAGCACGACUUUAUAGCCACCUCGGGCAUUUGCUUCACACAGCCGUUGCGCAAGUUCCUAGACGGCGAAAUGAAGACAAUUGGCAAGGAGCGCGGCAUCCUGGAGACCAAGCGCCUGGAUCUGGACGCCUGCAAGAACAGGGUGAAGAAAGCGCGCAGCAUGCUGGGUCAGCAAUCGAAAGAUGGCAUCUCGCCAGAGGCCGUCUUGGAACAGGCGGAGCGGGACUUGCGGGUGGCUCAGGCCGAGUUCGACCGGCAGGCGGAGAUUACCAAGCUGCUGCUGGACGGUAUCAGCACAUCGCAGGCAUCUCACUUGCGCCACUUGCACGCCUUCAUCCAGACGCAAGUGCGCUACUACAAACAGUGCGGCGAUGUCAUGGAGCAGCUGCAGCGUGAGCUGGCCAACUUGGGAGGCCCCACGCCAUACAUUCCGCUCGACGUGAACGAGGCCAGUGCCAGCAAGUCCAACAUAUCGUCCGGAGCCGCAGCCCGUGGUCCCGGCAACAAUCACUCUGCCAAUAUGGCUGCCACCGGCCACAAGCCCAAUCAGCCCAUGCACGUCAGCACGGAUCAGAUGCAGAGGGCACGCGUCCUUUGCUCCUACGACGCCAAGGAUCACACCGAGCUUAACUUAAGCGCAAAUGAGGUGAUCUUCGUGACGGAGUGCUCACCAAUAAACGAGGAUUACAUGUACGGAAAACAGGGUCUGUUGAAGGGUCUGGUGCCACGCGCAUUUGUUGAAAUGCUCGACGAAGAGCACGACGUCACCCUCUAAGCCCUCCAGCAAUUUGUUCAGCAAUAAUCAAUCAUUCAAUAAUCUCAAGCAAAAUUAAUGAACAAGAAAAUACUCCAAGUACGGCAAUACUCAUACGUUAAGAAAGCAGACAGGAUCGAGGGAUGGGAACGGCAAUUGGACAAUUAUAAGAUGCGGCCAAAGCGGCAUUUGGCACUAGCAAGAGAGUACAAUAAUUUAUUAGAAUAUACAUACAUAAAUAUAUACAUACAUGAGCGUGUUGGUUAGUAAAAGCAUUGUAGAUUAGCCUUCGGUGAUAAUCAAACCCAGAUCCUUGCCCAAAGAGCUACGCUACUCCGUUGCACAGAUCACGCAGUAAUCAAAUAUGCAUUCUGGCUGCCUGAAUAACCGUCAAGUUAUACAUGUAAAUUUAUGCAAUUCCGAACAUUAUGAUUGUUAAAUCUAAUCGCAUAUCUAAAGAGAAA